CUCGCUGAGUCCGCGGCCGAAAUCCACGCCGGGAGAAGAGGUAUCUAUCCCUCCGACGCCUUCCUCUCCCUCAAGCCUCGACCUCGCCGGCAUCCCUCCUCCCGUUCCAAGUCCAGGAGACGCAUGGGGACGGCGGCGGUGGCGAGGCGUCUCGCGCGCACGGACACCCCCACCCUACGCCUGCUCGUGCGCGCUGCCCUGCGAGGUUUAGGCAUCGCGCCUGCUGCGCUCCCCUGUGGCGAUGAUGUGGCUUACUGCUGCCAUACGGCGCCUCAUCGAGGAGUAGAGCAGCUGCCCCAUGCUAGACAAGAUCCUCCAGAUCCUCUCCACCCAGCCGCCAUCAUUGCAGGAGGACUUUAACGAGUGGUCACCAAGAAGCUUCCCCAAAUCCUACAAGAGGCUCAGGUUAGACGAGCCGCUGACAAAGACACACCUCUAUUCUGAAUUUUUACAUGCGAAGAUGGACCAUCAGCCACGGAAUAUGUUGGCUAACCUCUCGCAGGUUUGGAGCCGACCAAGGAAGUCACAGUUUAAGAGCUCGAGGAGGGGUGUGUGGAGGUUACCGGCGCCAGUGGCUGCACUGCUGGUCUUCAUCGCCUGUUUCGGUCAGAUCCAGUCGGACCUAUCCUAUGGGUUCUCCACCGCUUCACUCUGCUUCAUGUGCAUCUGGGCGGAGAAGAUGACCCGACCUGCCUGGUCGCUCAACACUGCCUCCCUGCCCCUGUUGUUCGCCAGCCACACUCUCCCUUAUGCGCAGAAUGUCCAUCAUCACAGAAUCUUAGCUGAUAGACGGUGCGCUUUUUGGCGGAAGCUGAGACAAAGAUUUCUAUUCACCAAAAAGAUAGAGCCGCCAUCAGCAAGCACUGACGAGUAGCACAGUCUCAGCCGAUGCAUCGACGAGCUGAGGCGGGCUUCCAAUAGAGAUCAGAAACAGGGAAUGGCCUUUUGAGCUGGUAGAGGGAUCACUAGAUGUGGUGUUCAUGUUUGUGUUGGCUUACAUGCAGAAAUAAGGAGGAUAGUAAGACUCUUGGAGGUCAUGUCUCUGCCAUUCAAGGAUUUCGAUAUCUGAAUGUUAUGACAAUAUAUAGAUAAGGGAGAUAGCCCUCCACGUCCUGGUGGCUACUGUAUGCUGCAGCGAAGGGCACACUUCAAUUACUGUGCAGGCAGAUGCGGUGAUCCCGGGUGUGCUUUGAAUAGAUAUCAAGGACGUCAUUACCCGAGCCGUUCCUAUGAUUGAACAUGCGACCAAGGAAUGAAAACUCUUCUCCAGAGAUCUUCAAAAUAGUACAAUAUCAGAUACACAUGCCUGAAUCUGGAUACACUCCACUGCUGAUGGUAAUACUUUCCAGUCACUCACAAACAAUAAGCUUCAGCAUACAAGGCAGAGUCCAAUGCUAUUGGAUUGGGGUGCUGGUAUGCAAUUUCUUGUACAUUUUACUUCUAUAGGACUUCCAAUUACUGGCUACAAACUUUGUACAGGGCAGUCUGAGCUACCACUUGGUGAAGAUGGGAUUCAAUAUGUUCAGUGAUACCCUUUUUUGUGUGUAGGGAAUCACUGAUAUGAUACAACUAUUUGUUAUCUGAAUUUUCGAAUAUAUGUACACCCAUGGUGACGUUUCAAUGCUCAUUUAUAAAGCAUCCAUCUAUGAAUGAAUUUCUGAAUAUUACCACAUGCAAUGUGUAUGUAUGAUGAUAGUAGUACACUUGCGAUGAUGCAAAACACUUAUGAUGAUGUUAUUCAAGUAUUGUACUACAGUUGCAUUCAAGUCAUUUUUUCCGUUGCAACGCACAAGCAUUUGUACAUAUAUAAAUAUAUACAUAUACAACAUCCUUAUAAUGUAUACUAAUUAGUCUUUGGUCAAAUAAACUACUUAGCAACUCAGCUUUGC